CCCGGUUUCCCUGUCUAAAGAGUCUAAACUCUAUAUUAAAGCAGCCAAACCCCAGACGAUUUUACAAACCUUUUAGCAAAUUUCUCUUGUCAAUUAAACUAAACCAGCAGAAACGUUUGAUCUUGAAUUCUUCAAUGGCUGUGGUAUUGAUUCCCUGCCCGCACAACCGCGACAAUAAUACCUUGCUUCCGAAACUUGAAGUCCAAUUGAUCCACCAUAUGUUUGAACGAUUGAUCUUUCAUCAAGUUAACGGCCUCGACCUCGAUCUCGACGAACCUUUAAUCACAGAAUAUCGUCAGUCCGGCCACGGAACUAUAACCCGCACAUAUAACCCUUAUUGUCGAAAUUGCCACCAUGAAAUUGUGGAUUACUUUAUUUCCUUGGGCUACAGUUAUGAUCGCAUCCUCCAACUUUUGCAGUCUCAACGGAAAAAAGUUGAGAGAAAGUGUGGCGAAUUGGAAUCAGGUAAAAUUGAUAACUGCCGUGUAUUAGUAUUACCACCUUUGAUUGCAGUGACUCGUCGGAGUCGUGUUUUGAGACAUUAUGAUGAGGUGGUGUUGACGGCGUGGAGGGAGAGAGAGUCGUUGGAGGAGUACGAGGCGGCGAGGAGGAGGAGGAGGUCUACACCAGCAAGUAAGGAGUCUAUUGAGGCGUUAAAGAGGUCAAUCAUACAAGGUAAUGAGGAUACAAUUUGUGUAAUUUGUCUUGAAGAAUUCAAGAAUAACAAAACAGAGGGACCACUAAUUAAGAAAACAAUGCCUUGUAAACAUGAGUUUCAUGAGGCUUGUAUUGAUCAGUGGCUUCACAAUGCUCGUUUUUGCCCGAUUUGUCGAUUCCACUUGCCUGCGGCUGAUGCUUGAAUUAACUACAUGUAUUAGGUACGUUAUAAGUCUUGUUAAUGUAAGAAUAUUAGUAUUAGUUAACAAUGGUUUUCUUCUCUUAAUUAAGUAGCUUCAGACUUGAGGUGGCAUGUUUUGUUUUAUGAAAGCCCCUCUUUAGGUAUUUGUUCGGGGAAGGUUUGAUUUCUUAUACUCCCAAUUUAUAUUGCAAGUACAUUAUCCCGGCCACUUCUUAAUCAAAUCUAAUUUUUCUUUU